AUGACGGCUACGUGUGCUUCACUAUCCUGUGGGAAAGAAACAGAGUCACAGCUUAAGUGCCCAAUUUGUCUUAAACAAGGAAUCACCAGUGUUUUUUGUGAUCAGACAUGCUUUAAGUCUAGUUGGCAGACUCAUAAGGCGAUCCAUCAAGAAGGGACCGAUGAGCUGUACAACCCUUUUCCUAAUUUUCAUUUUACAGGAGAUUUGAGGCCUCAUUAUCCGUUAUCACCAAAGAGACCUAUACCGAAGCAUAUUAAGUUGCCAGAUUAUGCGCUAAAUGGUAAGCCUCUAAGUGAAUUAAAGAAUGAUAGGUUUGGCAAGAUUAAGAUUUUAUCGCCCAAAGAUCAAGAAAAGAUGAGGAAGGUUGGUAAAAUAGGACGAGAAAUAUUGGAUGCGACUGCUGCUCAUAUUAAGCCGGGGAUUACCACAGAUGAUCUCGACGCUAUUCUUCAUAAAGAGAGUAUCAAAAGAAAUGCAUAUCCUUCUCCGUUAAACUACUUUAAUUUUCCCAAAUCCUUCUGCACAUCUGUCAAUGAAGUCAUCUGCCAUGGAAUACCAGAUAAGACUCAUUUGAAAGACGGUGACAUAAUUAACUUAGACGUUUCCAUCUACUACUUGGGCGUGCAUUCUGAUCUUAAUGAGACUUACUACGUGGGUGACAAAGCUAAGGCAAAUCCGGACAUAGUCAGGUUGGUUGAGACCACUAGAGAAUGCUUGGAUUUAGCAAUCAAGCAGGUCAAACCAGGCUUAAUCCUUCGUACUUUGGGUAACUUUAUUGAAGAACAUGCUACUAAAAAUGGGUGUUCUGUCGUUAAAACAUAUUGUGGCCACGGCAUCAACCAAUUGUUCCAUUGUCAGCCAGAUAUCCCUCAUUAUGCUAAGAAUAAGGCAGUUGGUGUUGCGAAGCCUGGUAUGGUGUUUACUAUAGAGCCGAUGAUAUGCCUUGGAACAUAUAGCGAUGUAACGUGGCCUGACGGUUGGACUGCAGCUACGAGUGAUGGAAAAUACUCGGCUCAAUUUGAACAUAUGAUGUUGGUUACUGAAGACGGUUGCGAAGUUCUCACAGCUAGAACUGAUACCUCUCCAGGAGGACCAGUUCCGCGUAUAUAA